AUGACGAUGAUAAUUCUCCUCUCAAUUUUUGGACCCCUUUUAGCUGGAUGUGUCAUUUUGGCGAUAGUGAUGUAUUCUUCCUUCAUGGCUAACCCAGAAUCUCAAAAGGAGGUAAAGAAAUUGGAACCAAAGACAUUCCUGAAAGUCAUUGCAAGAUCAAAGGUAUUCCCAGUGGUCAGUAACAAUGGCUGGAGGUUGUUUGGCUUCUCACACAAUACCAGGGUGUGGACGCAGAGUUUUCUUGGAGAAAAUAAGGAGGAAAGGAUCCUUGUAUACACAACCUACUGCAAGAUGCCUGCCUCAUCACAGGUUGUAUACCAAACCAUCCGUGACAUUGGGAAGCUGAAAGACUGGAAGCCAGGUGUGGUCACAUGUAGUUUGGUAAAGACCAUCAAGGGGAACAAGUCUGGUCCUACCAACCAGUCUCCUUAUAAGAUGGAUAAGGGCAUGGGGCAAGAUGUUAUACAGGAAGUGGUCAUUAAUCCAAAAUCCGAGGAAUACACUGACGAAGUUGUGCCCCAGCAGUAUACAAGACACUGGAACAGGGAGGACAAUGGUUGCUGCUGGAUGUUACAGACCUCUCAGGAUAAAUGCCUCUCCAUAUUCUUCCUUGUACAGCCAGUCGAAGAUAUGGACAGCUGUUUGGUCACCAUUUUAGUUCACAAUGUAUCACUCUCCAUUGUCAGUGCUAACCAAGUCACUUGCCUUUUGGGAUCACUUCGGGAUUACCUUAGUCUACGCAAAGUAAAAUGUACCCCACUCACCAGUAUUCGAAUGCCAAACUUCAGCAAUAACAGUCAAACAAAUAACUUUGCAGAUUCCUCUAGUGAAGAGGAACGAGAGAAGCAAUUUUAUGAUCGAUUUUCAUCACUUAAUGAUAGACAAAAAUCUUUAGUUCUUCAAAAAUCAGAAUCCAUAAUGAGACUACGAACUAACUCUCAGGGCAAAAUGACAGGACGUUCCCAUCAGCAAAGACGUUCACAGUCUGACACAGACAUCAUAGGAAUAGUGAUGGGUGAUACAGAUUCCCCGUCUCAGCCACUCAUACAACCUGCUGACAGUGCUCAAUACUCAUCCAACUUGUUACAUUCCAACAGUUUUGGGGAAUCAGGAGAUGUGAAAUCAAAGAGAGCUUCUUCAAUAGACAGCGAACAUUCUCAAAUAGAGAGUGGAAACCAAAACAGUGAAACAAGUGGUCACAUUGGCCCGGAGGAAAUCAGCCAGAAGGCUGGUUAUGAGAAUGGAGGGAUUAGAGUAUACAGCCAUGGAGGGAGUGAAGAACUGUUAACCAGAGAGGAAAUAGAUACAGAUACUGGCAGUGUCGUGUCAUCAAUAGAGUCUGAGACACCACAGGAUGAUGUGUUUGAUCUAUCAGAUAAACAGCCCACAACUCCGUCAGAUGUUGUCAAGUUCAUGACAUUAGCAAACCAGUCUGCUGCAGAUAUAUUAGCAUUGGCACUACGAGUGUCCAACAUAGACCUGAGAAAACCACAGAAUCAGCAGACAGAGAGCUCAGGAGGAUGGGCGUUUUGGGGACUGGAGACAGAUGUGGUGAUAUUCAAGAAGAUUCUAAAUCGUUCUAAUUCUCUCUUCAGUUUUGUCGGUAAAGGCCUAAUCAGUGCCUCACCACAGAGAGUGUUUGAAGCCAUCAAGAAUCCUAGGACACGAUUCACCUAUGAUGAAAGUUUAAAGAAAGUUGAUGUCCUGAGUAGUAUUGCAGAUAAGGCCAAAAUAGUUUAUUUUUACCAUGAGCUUGUCUACAUGUUUAAAAAAGAGUGUUUUGAUUUCUGUGUCCUCCAAAAUGAGAGGAUGGAUGGAGAGAAAUAUGUGUUAGCCAUGCAGUCUGUAGACAAUGGCCUGCCAGUGCCAAAUGGUACAGAGAGAGUCCAGAUGCUUCCUAGUGGUUGGAUCAUAGAGCCUGUUACUAGAGACAACAAGAUGUACUCUAUGGCAACAUAUGUGAUGCAGAUGGACUUCAGUGGAUCCAGAAUGAUGGUAGAGAAACAGCCAAUAGAGGAGAUGGUGUCUAAACAGCCUCUUAGUAUAGAGUACCUUCGCCAGUAUCUACGUCCUGCCAUAAUGUUAGCCCGACAAGCCUCGUCAGGAGCUACCAUCAGGAAGUGA